AUGGACGCUGCAAGCCUCAAUGACAUAGGUUUCUUUAGGUGCCGGUAUACGUGGUCCAAUAAAUUUACAAAAGAAAGGUUAGAUCGUGCCUUUUGGUCUGUGUCUUGUAGAACCAUAUUCCCGUUGUCCAGGUCAAUUACAUUACCCCCCUCUGACUCUGAUCACAACCCUAUAUUGGUUGAAGCAAGAGCUGAAAGGGAGCCAAUCAGAAGGAGUACUCGUCGGUUUCGUUUCGAGGAAAUCUGGCAUGGGAAUAAGCAAUGCGCGGAUAUCAUCCAGAGACAGUGGUCUGCUCCACUCACUUGUAAUAUGUUGCAGCAGUUGGGUUCCAAGAUUCACUCUACUGGACAACAACUUUUGAAAUGGCAUGUUACUGAUUUUCAACGUCAAAAAGUCGAGCUUCGUGAGGUCCAAAGCAAGUUACUCGACCUAAUAAGGCAACCCUUCUCGAGUGCACAGUAUGAAGAACAAAGAAGAUUACAUGUUAGGCAAAGUCAGUUGCUUUCGCAAGAGGAAAAAUAUUGGCGACAAAGAUCACGUGCUUUAUGGUUGAAGGAUGGGGAUAGAAACUUUGCGUACUUUCAUCGUAAAUCGUCAAACAGGGAAAGCAGGAACACUAUUAGAGGUUUGAUGAAUGAUAAUGGAGUGUGGACUGAUGACCCGUCAGAGGUGAAGCAUCUCCUUAUGGACUUUUAUAAUAUGACCUUCUCUUCUGAGGGAGUAGAUGAGUCUACUAUCUCUGAAAUUUUUAGGGCCACACCUAUGAAAGUUACUACAAUCAUGAAUGACGAUCUCACUACCCAUACUUGA